GCCUUGGCAUGGCAUGCUCCGCCGAUCGCCUAGAGCGAGGACCUAAGUAGUAUGAUGCGGGUGCACAGUAACACUGCAACCGCAUGUUGGAGAAGAACUUUUUUGAGACAGCAUGACUCAGUCAACAUCUAUGUACUGUAGACCAUCAACCCUUGCACUCGCCUACGUCUAGAGAUCGCAUUCUAUACGUCUGCUGCAUGACCUAGUCCAACUUUUAACCAGCUGGACAAUCUGCCGGACAUGGAUGACUCAAAUUCAUCCAACACCUCUGGUGCUAACUCUCCUCUCAACCCUGCCGCCACAUCUUUCACCAUGCCUUCUCCCAGCGGAACUGUGCUGACCAACGGCACCGAUCAAACCACUGUCAACGGCGGCGAUCAGACGAGAAAGAACAACUCGAAAAAAGCAAAACCAGUUCGGCCAGAACAAGCCCCUCGAAUGACCACCGAGCAGAACAUUGCAGAAGCCGGGGCAGGAGUCAAACUUACAGGAGCGCAACUCAAGGCACAGAAAGUGGCAGAGAAAGCUGCCAGGAGAGCAGAAAAGGUCGCCGAGAAAGGCGCCCAGGCGGUAGCAGUGACUGCGGCACCCAAGCCAGAUCUCCAGCGUCGACCGUCAGCGACCAAGAGGGAGAGCGAGACAGGCACACACCACAAAAGAACACCGUCAGCUAGUGGGAAGCCCUUACCCAUACGAGCAGGUCCCCAACAGCAGCAACAACAACCCCAGAUGCCUGCAGCCCCAGAAAAAGACAAGCACCAGGAUAAGCGCGUCAGCAUGUUUUCACAUCUAUACCCAAAAGAAAAGAAGGCGAGUCUUGGAGGCGCAGGACGAGAAAUCCACCCUGCCGUCCUCUCCCUCGGCCUCCAACUACGAGACUACGUUAUCUGCGGCGGGAACGCUCGGUGCGUCGCGACUCUCCUCGCCUUCAAGAAGGUCAUCCAGACGUACACCACACCACCUGGCGUCGCCCUUUCGCGACACCUCCUCACCCACCUGAACCACCAGAUCGCGUACCUGCGCAACGCUCGGCCACUGAGCACAAGCCAGGGCAACAGCAUCAGAUGGCUUAAGAACCUCAUCUCGACACAACCCGUGGACGCGACGGACAGCGAAGCCAAGAAGACCCUGUGCGCCGAAAUCGACCGCUUCAUCCGUGAGCGCAUCACGCUGGCCGACGAAGUGAUUGCCCGUGAAGCCGGGUCGCGCAUCGACAACGCCGACGUCAUCCUCACCUACGCCAAGAGCAGUGUCGUCGAGAAGACGCUGAUCGCGGCACACCGGCAGGGCAAGACCUUCAAAGUCAUCAUCGUCGACUCGCGGCCGAUGUUCGAAGGCAAGAACCACGCGACAAGUCUGAUCCGGGCCGGUCUGCAAGUCCAGUACGCUCUGCUCAGUGGACUGGCGGACAUUGUGGACCAGGGAUCAGUGACGAAGUGUUUUCUAGGCGCGUCGGCCAUGCUGGGCAACGGGACGCUCUUGUCGCGCGUGGGCAGUGCGAUGGUCGCCAUGAUGGCGAAGGAGUGUUCGAAAAACAAAUCUCGCAGUGUGCCUGUGAUUGUGCUCUGCGAGACGGUCAAAUUCACGGCAAAAGCAGCGCUGGAUAGUAUCAUUAUGAAUGAGGUGGGCGAUGCGGAUGCUCUGGUCGAAGUCGCGGAGGUGGAUGUCUUUACGAGUACGACGACGAAGCAGGAUCCCAAACAAAGCGGCAAGAAACCAAAAGAUAAGGAUGAUGGGGAUGAUGAGGAUAAGGGUGAGGGCAAAGGGUUGGCCGGGUGGAGAGAUCAGCAGGGGUUGUUCCUAUUGAAUCUCAUGUACGAUGUUACGCCGGCGGAGUUCAUUGAUGCUGUGGUGUGUGAGCUGGGAAGUCUGCCGCCCAUGGCCGUCCCUGUGGUUAAUGGCGUGCAUGGAGACGAGCAGGCUUUGGCAUGAUGGAGCAGUGAGCAGUGAGAAUCGCGAUUUGAAGGUCUUCGAAUUGUGUUUCAUAUGAAGCGUUGGUUGUACCGUGGUUGUUGAGUAGGUGGACGGGUCAUUUCGUAAGGCUUGAAAGCACUGGUGUAUGACUACAAUUUUUUGGACUCCUUUCUGGGAUCGUGCCGUAGUAUGCUCGGAUUAGGCUGAUGAUAGAGUAGUUUUCGAGCGACACCGCAGACACGAGAACGCGGGCAUGAUGUCUUCGCAGCAAGCGAGAAUACCAUGGUGAUCCGGAAGCUGUUCGAGAUUCAUUCAAUUUUUUCCCUUCCCAUUUCCAUAAUUGGAGUAAGAAGGGAAC